AUGGCUGGGGUCUCACAGAGAUGUCCCAACAAUGGCUGGGGUCCCACAGAGAUGUCCCAACCACUUAUAGAAGUUUGGGUAGUGACGGGUGUAACACUUAUAGAAGUUUGGGUAGUGACGGGUGUAGCACUUAUAGAAGUUUGGGUAGUGACGGGUGUAGCACUUAUAGAAGUUUCGGUAGUGAAGGGUGUAGCACUUAUAGAAGUUUGGGUAGUGACGGCACUUAAUAGAAGUUUGGGUAGUGAAGGGUGUAGCACUUAUAGAAGUUUGGGUAGUGACGGGUGUAGCUCUUAUAGAAGUUUGGGUAGUGACGGGUGUAGCACUUAUAGAAGUUUGGGUAGUGAAGGGUGUAGCACUUAUAGAAGUUUGAGUAGUGAAGGGUGUAGCACUUAUAGAAGUUUGGGUAGUGAAGGGUGUAGCACUUAUAGAAGUUUGGGUAGUGAAGGGUGUAGCACUUAUAGAAGUUUGGGUAGUGAAGGGUGUAGCACUUAUAGAAGUUUGGGCAGUGAAGGGUGUAGCACUUAUAGAAGUUUGGGUAGUGAAGGGUGUAGCACUUAUAGAAGUUUGGGUAGUGAAGGGUGUAGCACUUAUAGAAGUUUGGGUAGUGACGGGUGUAGCACUUAUAGAAGUUUGGGUAGUGAAGGGUGUAGCACUUAUAGAAGUUUGGGUAGUGAAGGGUGUAGCACUUAUAGAAGUUUGGGUAGUGAAGGGUGUAGCACUUAUAGAAGUUUGGGUAGUGAAGGGUGUAGCACUUAUAGAAGUUUGGGUAGUGACGGGUGUAGCACUUAUAGAAGUUUGGGUAGUGAAGGGUGUAGCACUUAUAGAAGUUUGGGUAGUGACGGGUGUAGCACUUAUAGAAGUUUGGGUAGUGAAGGGUGUAGCACUUAUAGAAGUUUGGGUAGUGACGGGUGUAGCACUUAUAGAAGUUUGGGUAGUGACGGGUGUAGCACUUAUAGAAGUUUGGGUAGUGAAGGGUGUAGCACUUAA